AUGAAAUAUUACGAUAACUGCUGUGAAUGUGAUUCUAUUGAACCCGUAUGUGAAUCAUAUUUUAGUUGUAACGAGUUAUAUAAUACAAAUAAUCAUUUGCCCACUCUAAUAUCUGAAGUAGAGAAAUUAAGUAGGGAAGAGGGAAAAGUGGAUAACCCUGUUCGAAUUAAAAAACCUGAGGACUAUUCAAUUUUCGAUCACAAUGCUAAAACUGUGUUUAAGUAUAAUGAAGUUGCACAUAAAGAUUCAGUUAUAGUAACUAAUUCUUCUAACGAAUCUAUUGAUGCUUCUUCCAUUAUCAUAAUAGUAACGUAUAAUAUAUUAAAUUCAUAUUAUUAUAAUCAUUUUAUAAUGAAAUUUAUUAGACACUUCUUUAUUUUUUCUAAAUUAUUAAAUUUCAAUUUUUUUGUUCUUGGUAUUUGUUAUAUAUUAUAUGUAUUCAGAUGGAUAAAAAAAAAAGACUAA